AUGGCUUCAGAAGAGGAAGAAACUCUUAUCCCCCUUCAACAGGUCCAGGUGGCGGUCCUUGAUAUGGAAUGGAUCCUCUCUCGUUUAGAGGGUGCCGUUUUACAGCGUUUCAAAGAUAUCUGGUCUUUACUGGGACUACCUCCGCGCUCGAGGCCAAAAGAGAGUUCCAGAGUAAUUCCUGUCGCGGAUGCGAAUUUGCUAAGAGCCGCGGGGGUGAUUACGGAUGCAUCGUCUUUAGAGACGGGCUCUUGGGUCGUACCUUUCUCGGUCGUUGAAGAAAAACCUACGGGAAAACGCCGAAGGUGGAUAGCAUGGCCCCGUGAAAAAAAUAAGGAUGAUCCUUACGAAGCAGAGGUGCCUUUAGGGCAUAUUUCGCGCUAUUUGCCAGCAGUUUUGGAUGAGGCUGCGUCGUGUUUGGAUUUAAAAGCCUCCUUCUUCCAGGUGGAACUGCCCCUUGAGACCCGACGUUUCUUUCGCUGUCGUGUCGCCGAUAAUUCUAUCGUGGAAUUAACCCGUUUACCCAUGGGUUAUAAAGUGAGCCCUGAAAUUCUGCAAACGGUCACUUCAGCUAUUGCCGGCGUACCGGGGAACGUUAAACCCGCUUUGGCGGCACCGUGCGAAUUACGGUUGGAUGUUUGGAUCGAUAACAUUCGCAUAUCCGGUAAAAUAAAGGAAGUCGUUCAAUGGGAACGUCAGGUGCGGCAUUGGGCGGAAGAAUGUCACGCCACUAUCGGUGAGGUUAUUUCGGGGGCUCACUCGUAUACCUUUUUGGGGGUCGUCUUCGAUCACAGUUCGCGAUCCGUUGCUUUAAGCAAGAAAUGUAUCGGAAAGUUACGGGACAUCAGAUCAUUAAGGUUAUGGACGGUCGCGGAAAUGGAAGUCGCGGUGUCUCGUUUUCUCUAUGCUGCGGCUAUACUGGGGGUUCGUUUGACGGCUUUUUUCUUUUUCUUGAAGGCCGUGAGGCGGCGAUUAUCGGCGUUAAACCGUGGUCUGAUUUCUUUAACUGAGCCGGCCCAUCUCCCACGGUCAGCUACACGGGAAGGCCAACUUUUAUUAAGAAUUUUGCUCCGCAACGAGAAGCGUAUAAUGACAAAAACUGUCGCGGUUUCCGCGACUAUGAUCACGGAUGCUUCCCUCCAUGGAUGGGGUGCGAUCAUGUUUUUGGAGUCAGGUGAGGUCAAGAUUGCAGGCGCCCCUUGGAUGACACCGCCGACGUUAAUAAUGCAGGCGGAGGCCCGCGCUGUGCGACUGGCUCUUCUCGCUUUUGCGGAGAUCUUGCCCAAGCACGUAAAGGUUUUUGUUGAUAAUACAUCGUUACAGUAUUCCGCACAAAAGGGGCAUGCAAAAUCAUACGCUUUGACUUGGGAAUUGGAUCAGAUUUUGAAAAUUCUGGACUCCCGGGGGGUUCAGGCUUCGUUCGAGUACGUAAAAUCCCGCGACAACCCGGUGGAUGGCUUGUCACGUGGGGCCGUUUUCACGACGGCUGACUUGGCGAAGGGGUUUCAACUUGCGAAGGGGAGCGGAGGGUUCUGGAGAGGAAGGGACUCUAGAAUCUGCCACUUCGUAAGUCCUGCCGGGUAA